AUGGUGUGCUUCGUACAAUAUAAGUCGCGAAGGAACAAUUCUGAAACCUCAGCUGCAAAUCUAUCUCCUCAAGAAACAAAACUUACGAUCCAGUCGCUGCGAAAAUUUGCUGGCGAUUAUUUGUCAGAGAAGGUAGACAAGCUGGAGGAAAUAGUAACGGAGAUUCUAGACUUGGCUUCUGCGGACAAUUUGUCGGAAGAGCUAGGGAUGCAGCGAGUUGUUUGCCACGGAGAUUUAUGGUCAGCUAAUAUCCUGUGGCGGCAGGACGAUGGCGAUAAUUUGAAAAUGACAGCUUUGAUAGACUUUCAGACUGUGAAUAUGGGCUGCCCAGCUUCUGAUUUGGUCCGCGUUUUUUCUUCAUGCCUAAGUGGGAAGGAUAGGCAAGAGCAUUGGGAGGAGCUGCUGGAGCAUUUUUAUGACUAUUUGAAGGACGAAAUUGUGGAUCAGCAAAUGCCGUAUACUCUAGAACAGCUCAAAGAAUCUUAUCGCCGCUUCUUACCUCUUGGCGGAUUCUUGAUCGCGUCCAUGAUCGGUUCAUUUUUCAACAUUGUGUGCAAAAAUCCAGACAAGAAGCAGAGAAUGAAGAGCAUAGAUACAGCAAAGGAAAAGCUUGAAGCCCUAAUAGAUGACAUCAUCUUCUUCCACCAACGCAAUCUGCAGCUCAAGCAAGCCAUUUGA